AAGGAAGCCAAAAGACUGGACAUCUCUGCUUAGGUCAAGAGUAGAAGUAUGAAGAUUGGGCCACCGCUGCGAAGGGAACUGCCAUCAUGUCUGCGCAUCUGUAAUGGAUGGUUGUGGAGAACUGCUCCAGUUUCAUGAUCAAAAGGAAUAAGUGAACCUACAGCAUGGAGCCCAAUAACUUGAAGGCACACAAUUCCUUCUGCUACAAGGGUCUGAUUCACCACAAGACCGUGGGCGUGGAGCCAGCAGUCAUUGGCAAAGGUGUGGUGGUCAUGAAGAGGAGAUCCGGCCAGCGGAACCCUGCUGCCUCCUACGUGUGGGCCACCAUCAAUAAGAAUGUUCGAGCCACACUUAGCCACAUCAGACACAUGAUCAGCAAGAGCAAGUACCGCCCUGACCUGCACAUGGCAGCAUCCGCAGGGCCAGUGCUACCUGUGCAGCCAGAAACCUGUGAUGGUGAAGAGGAAGCAGACCUGCUCCACCAAGAACUCCUGAGCCCCCUGCCCCCAAAGCAGUAAAGACUCAGCUGGCUUU